AUGUCCUCGCCCCGUUCCGACUGCCACCACAACAGGGACCACCAAGGGGUUGACAGCGCAGCAGCUGGGCGAGCUGGGCUGCCAGGUGGUGCUGGGGAGGAAAACACCUACCACCUCGCCAACCCCUUUCCGUCCUUCCCUGUCCGCACCCUUAUCCUCCCCUUCCUUUUCCUUCCUUCACGGGACCGAGGCAGGUACAAUCAAGGGCCUAACAGCGCAGCAGCUGGGAGAGCUGGGCUGCCACGUGGCACAAUCAAAGGCCUGACAGCGCAACAAUUAGGCGAGCUGGGCUGCCAGGUGGUGCUGGGGAACACAUACCACCUCGCCAACCGCCCCGGCGCUGACGUCAUCGCUGAGGCGGGCGGGCUGCAUGCGUUCAUGGACUGGCCGCGUGGACUGCUCACUGACUCGGGGGGGUUCCAGAUGGUGUCGUUGCUGCACCUGGCGGACAUCACAGAGCAGGGGGUGGAGUUCCAGUCGCCAGUGGACGGCACGCGCAUGCUGCUCACGCCUGAGGAGUCCAUUGCUAUUCAGAACAAGAUCGGUGCUGACAUCAUCAUGGCUCUGGAUGACGUGGUCAGCAGCCUGGUGUCAGGCCCGCGCAUCGAGGAGGCGACACAUCGCACGCUGAGGUGGAUGGACCGAUGCAUGCAGGCCCACAGCCGGCCGCACGAUCAGAACCUCUUUGGGAUUGUGCAGGGAGGGCUGGACCCUAAGCUCAGGGACAUCUGUCUGAAGGGGCUCAUUGACAGAGACCUACCCGGGUACGCUAUUGGUGGGUUGGCGGGCGGCGAGGACAAGGAGUCGUUUUGGCGUGUAGUGGCGCAGUGCACGGCAGCCCUGCCGGCCAACAAGCCAAGAUACGUCAUGGGAGUGGGGUACCCAUUGGACAUAGUGGUGUGCUCCGCCCUGGGGGCAGACAUGUACGACUGUGUCUACCCGACGCGCACGGCACGCUUCGGCACGGCUCUGAUACCAGAGGGCGUGUUGAAGCUCAAGCAUGCUGCAAUGGCGAAUGACCACCGCCCCAUCGACCCCUCCUGCUCCUGCCUGGCGUGCCGCAGCUUCUCACGCGCCUACCUGCACUCGCUGGUGACCAAGGACCCCGUGGGCUGCCACCUGCUCACCAUCCAUAACAUCGCUUACAUGAUGCAGCUCACAAGGUCAAUGCACAACGCCAUUCUUAAUAACACCUUCCCCAGCUUUGUGGUUGAUUUUCUCCAAAAACAGUUCCCGCGGGGCGACGUGCCGCAGUGGGUGCAGGCGGCCAUGCAGGCUGCUGCCAUUGACAUUUCCCCAGCUCUGCACCCGGCCCGCGUGUUGUGA